AUGAGAUUGUGGUCGAAUGUAAGAGGAUUUUGUGCGACAAUUUGGUCUUCAAGAAUGAGUUCUACUGCAGCUUCAAAUAGAAGACUUGAAGGGAAAGUUGCAAUUGUUACAGCAUCAACAGACGGGUGAGUAACGCAAUAUUUUUUCAGCUCAUUUCAACUACAAAUUGAACUGAUAAAAUCUAUAAUCGAAUCUCAGGCUCAAAAACUUUGUAGUCAUAUUUGCAAGAAAAGAAAACUUAAAAGUAAAGAAGAGUUUACGCACUAGCCUUAACUAAAGGUUAGGAAGUGCUUGCGAACAUGUACGUUUACCUUAAAGGUGCUAUUGAUUUUGAGAACCGCUUUUUUAUAAGUGUACGUGAAUCAGAGAAAGCCCCUUUACAUGUCGUUCCAGUGUCAACUAACUUGAGUAUCAGGCCUUCCUAAGGGGCUAGAAGAAGGACAGGUUUUAGAUGGGGGAGGGGGGAGGGGGAGAAGAGAAAGGAAGGCCUGACACAAAACCAUUCAGCAAAUCGUGUGACACAUCCAGAAUCUGGAUGUGGCAGUGAUUGGAUAACACACAAUACUCCCUGACGUCACCAACUGCAAGUAAAUACGAGCAGAGCGAUCGGCAAGGAGAAGCCAUUGAAAUUUUUAAUCGAUGUUUUGAUUUCAUGUGGUACUUUUAUGGACAGAGACGUAAAGAGAAAUUCAAAAAGGCUCUAGAGGGCGCUCGCUCUCAAGUUCUUUCCUGGAAUAAUGACUGUGUUUUCAAAGCCUCAUAGUCAAAAGAAAAGACUAUGUUCUCAGAGUAUGGAAAAGCCUCAUAUACCAGCUUCUGCCGAAACAAUGUCCGAUUAUUGGUUUCACAAGACAGAGACAAAGAAGACGAUAUCAGUGCUUCAGAUAUCUAAGUUCUGAUUUACAACAUCCUGCCGUUAAAAUGGUAUUGUUACUGUAAAUAAAAUUAGAGCGAGAGCGAGGUAGCUAUGUAUUGAGAAUAGCCGACAACACCAAGGCUUUAGCUUGACUUUGCUUGUGCCGGCUACACUGCGGUUACGAUAGCGUACGUGAUUGGAAUUCGUUCACUUCCUCUUCCAAUUUUUUUUUCACUUUAGUAAUGCCUUAAGCUCAAGCGGGCGCUAUCAUAUUUCGCCAACGGGAUUGACCUUUGCUAUAGGAUCUCACUUUUUUCUUAACUUAACUUGUUACAGCUUUCACGAGCUCUCUAUGAAGUGGUGGAAUUUGUUGCUGCUUGAUAAUUUUCUUUAUUCUUGCAGCUCCUUUCAACCACCGAGAAUACGACGGAUAACCAACAAAACCUAGAGAAAAAAAAGAGAUUUUCCCUUGCAUGAUUCUCCGCCUGUUCACCCCAGCUUUUUAGCUGCUAGACUCUCAGGAAUGAGUGCUUGUUUUAACUCUGUAAACAAAUGAAAUUUACAAGUUUCCUAGUCUGCUACACAGCACUAAAAACGGCUGUGUAGCAGACUACAAUUUUCCGGGCACACGUUUUUUUACAAACAGAACGUUGGCGAUCUUACACUAGCACAAUUCCUAAAACAUGUUAUAAUUCCUCAAAAACAGCAGGUUUUUCAUUACAAGUAUUCAAAAACUCGUCAUUGGAGGUUUCAGAAAAAAGCGAAAUCGUAGCAACACAGGCACCGGAGUUUGGCCGUAAGGUGAGAUUUAUUUUUAGGUGAGCUUUUUGACAUGUGAAGCUGACAACCCAAUGAUCGGAAGUGAUUUUGAUUGGAUGAUAUUGAAUCAUGCUGUGUGGGGGUGGAAGGCUCCAGUAAAAGCAUCUGUGUCAGGCGUUUCUCUCCUUCAGCUCUCUCCCUUUCUCGCUUCCAUCUUUCCCCUUUCCACCGGAAACGCCUGAUACUCAGGCUAAGUGUCAACAAAAGGAAUCGCGGCAGAUCAUGAAAGUGGAAACUGAAUGGAACAACUCAGUAAACAAGUCUCAUAUUGAGUUCCACGAUUUUAUUUACAGUGGCUUAAAUACGAUUAGCUUGCUAACCAUCAGAAGCGAGGAGAGACAGCUGGAUGACAGCUAUAUUCGCAGGCAAAGGUACAGUGGAACCCCACCUUAUGGCGACCUUGUUAAUACAGGUCACCUGGUUAUUAUGGCCAAAUUUUUCUUGCCCAUUGAUGACCGUAUUAAUGGGGUUCCACUGUACAAUGAAAACAGUAAUGUGUGACAUAAACAACACUCAACGUGGAAUUUAUACAGUCAUGUCAUGACUACUUGAAGUCCUUUUAAUUAAUGGGAUAUUCAAUCCAUGUUUAAUGACCAAAGGUCGUUGAAAUGUAAUAGAAAAUCAUGAAAAAAGUUAUUGAAACUUAGAUGACCAGUAACUUUACAUGCUUGGAAAUGUAUAGAAAUGUAUAGAAAAUGUAUGGAAAUGUAUAGAAAAACCAUGCACUCUGUAGUGUAACCUGAAUUAACUUAGUUACACGAAUGUAUAGACUUUGUAAUCACUCGUAUCUCACCGAAGACUCGUCCUGCACUAAGCUGAGAUCAGGCUCUACUUUCAUUUCCCCCCUAGAUUUCCGGCUGGCAAUGUGUACUGAAAAGUCUUGUAUUUAGUACAUUACAUGUAUAGCUAAAUUUAAUUAUGUGUGUUUUCAAUCAAACAAAUGUUGUUGCAUCACUUGUGUAUGCAUUCACGUGAUUACCGUGGACCUUAAACUCAACACUAGGGCCUUCACGGCCAUAUACCAUGCAUAUUAGUUGAUUCAUCAUGGCCAUCCCAAGAAUGAGGACAGAUUUUGGCAUAACCUCACCAUACAGUUUUAUAAAGGUCCGGUGACCAAGAAAAGUCUGCGGGUUUCUCUUGUUGCCUGCAAAAAGCGCAAUAGACCUGAUAUUAUGGCACUUUAUUAUGUGCCGAUUUCAGUUUGUUUUCUCUUGUUGUGCAUAUACGGUAUUUUUAUUAUUCUAUUCAUAAAGCUUACAAAAACAAAGGAAAAUAGAAGAUUGAACCAAUGAUAACCUUAAAACUGAUUCACACUAGUGAUACAUAUUUUCCCUGUAAAGAAGCAUAAAUUUUCAUUCCACACUUUUGUAUACAUAUUUCGAAAGGAUUAUGGUCAUUUGAGUGCUUUGUAAUUCCCAUAAAUUAGGCUAAACGAUUCGAUUUGGCUGAGAGGCGUGUUUGCGUCAAGAUGUUUUUCUGUUAGCCUGCGACCAAGCUUUGAAGUGGGGGAAAAGGUGAAUGAAAUGGGCGAGCAAAGCAAGUCGAGCAGGAGUCUAACCCUUUCCCCCUCCCUACUUCACUACUCGCCUCUCUUUGCUUGCCGAUUUUUCUUGCUGUUUCAACCUGCCUUUUGCCUUUUUCUCCCACUACAGUGCCUGCUCCCAGGCUAUUUUCCUUUGCACAAGCUAAUCAUGCAAGCGUAAAUUUGAAAAAGUUUUGGAGCUGAAAACUUGACAAGUUACCUUAUCUAUCCAUUUCCUUGAAAGAUGAAACAUGGAAAAACUAAACAUGUUGUAUCAAGGUAGUUUCAGUAAAGUCAGUCACUGUUAACAACAGUCCUCUUCAGGGCCCAGUUGUUCGAAAGAUGGAUAGCACUAUCCAUUGAAUAAAUUAAUCUCUAUUCAGUGGAUGGUGCAAUUGGUUUUCCCAUACUUAUCCGCUGGAUAUUGAUUUAUCCAGUGGAUAGCGCUAUCCAGUGUUUGAACAACCAGGGCCAGGACUACAAUCACCUAGACGAUUACAUUCCACCAAUUUAUGAAAUAUAAUGACUCACGGGGUGCAAAUCUUUCAAAGUUUUUGUUUCGCUUAAGUUGACAUUUUAACUGGGGAAGUCUGUAUUUUGUACAUGUAACAUCUUUUUUGCUAAACAGGAAGUGAUUACAAGUAAAAAACUUUUUGUGUACAACAUUUAAGUCAUGAGCAGUAAGAAUUUCCUUUUUAAUCAGCUCAAGCAUACAAAGAGUUUUUCUUCUGUUCUCUUGUCAGGAAAGUAACAUGUUGUAUUUUCUAAAAGCACUACAAAACUUUUUUCCUGUUUUUGCAUAGCCUGAUGAUUAACAGUCAAAGGGAUGGGAAAAUUCUUGACAGCUACAGUGUGUAUGCAAACCAUUGACUUCAUGUUAGGUUUGCAUAACUGUUUUGAAUUCUUCCAAUAUCCCCAACUUGUGUUUAAUUAUCAGGCUGUGCAAGGAAAGUAAAUUUUUAUUGCUUAAAUUUCAUAUUUUAUGUAAAUUAUUUUCUUUCUAAUGAUGUUCAUUAUCGUGCUCAAUGAAAAACUAAAGAGAGCCCAACCCCCUCCGCCUUAUUCUUAGUACCAGACAAUUGAAGUCCACAUGUACAGCUGGGCUGCAAAGUGAAGCAAGGUCUUAACUUGGAAAAUGUUGGAUGCUACUGUUUGCCAACUACCUAAUUUAUAAGCUAAGGAAAAUUUCCACAAUAUUUUCAGAAAUUUCAAAGGCAAAACAUUUUGCUAGUUUACCAGGAGUGCUAGCUUUUUUUCUAAAGGUGAUAUUUGAUACUUUGUAGAUGUAAUUUUAUUUAUUACCAUGAUAAUAUUAGUAUUUAAAUUUCCACUUCAGGAUAGGAUUUGGAAUUGCUAGGCAGCUUGUUCGAGAUGGUGCCAAAGUCAUGAUUAGCAGUCGGAAACAAGACAGGGUUUCUAGUGCUGUUUCAGAGUUGGAAAAUGAGGAGCGAGGUUGUGAAGUUAAAGGUGUGGUGUGCCACGUUGCAAAGCCUCAGCAUCGUAAGAAUCUCAUUGAAGAGGUCAGCAUGUUUUGCAAAUCCACCAAUGUCACAUUUAAACUGCUUAUUAUAGUAGUGUCCCAUGCAGCUGUUCUUUCACAGUCUGAAAUUUCUUGUGGUCCAGUCAUCAGAAAUGAACAGACUUAACUUAACAGUAAUAAUAAUAAUAAUGACUUUAUUAGCGUGUCAAACAGAAAUCUAGCAGAGGGGAUUCCCCACUGCUAAUAGGGGACACCUAAUUUUCGAAAAUACAAUCUAAAAAUACAAAACAAAUCAAUAUAGAGUCGAAACUAGAAUCUACUAAGAGUUAGAAUUAAAACUACUAAUGAUAACUCACGAACAUUACAAAAACUCUAUUUAUGCUUAUCAAAAUUCUAAAAUCUUGUAAUUAAAAUCAUAAUUAAGAAAAGUUAAAAUUACAAAUUGCAAAGAUAGCGGCCACUACAUCCAACUAAAAUGUUACGUAAAUCAAGACUGCGUAUCCGGGUCUUAAACUGCUUAAGACUGGCAGCUGAUCUGUCUUGCUUGGUAGUGAUUACCAAAUCACGGACUGGUUGCCCAUGUAACUCAAGCUGCAGUCUAGGGCCAAUACUUCUACAUGCAACAGAACUUUAUUUAUUCUAAGUGCGUGAACAUUCAACAUGGCUGACUACAAGAAUGAAUAGUAAUGACAGUAAUAGGCAGUGGCCGCUGACCAACAUUGCCAUCCUCGUGAAUACAUAAACAUUUGUGAAAAGACACCAUUAGGUCGUAGGCCGAGAUUUAAUUCUGCAUGAGAAAUGGUACAGUGUUAUAAACAGUCCAAUUGGUUGAAAGAUUCAGAAAUAAAAGCUGGAGAUUCAAAGGCUCUGGUCAUUGCAAACAAGAAAACUCAGUCAGAGACAGAAGCUUUGGAACCACAGCACAACUUAAGAAAAGUUUCAAAAAUUUAAGUCAAGGUGGCUAACAGCUGACCGUGGCUUUUUUUGGGGACUAGAUAAUUUUCUCUUUGGACACCUAGAUCUGAAAAGAUGAUUGUCCGGUGGUUGUCAAAAACUAAUUUCAGACCCUGUCUUUGUCUAGGUCUGAAAAGAUGAUCAAAAAUUAAUUUCGGGCACUGUCUUUGUCUUGUCAUGCAAAGCAUGAAGAGACAGGUAAUGGCUGCAUCGGAGACUGUAUGGUAGACUUUUGUAUGUUAUGCUUUUGUUUCCCCACUUAAAUGCUCCACCUUAAUGCUCCUUUUUUCCACUAAAAUACACAGUCUCCCCCAAUAAAGUCACUAAAAUGCUCAAUAGUGCCCAUCAUACAGAGUCUUUGUUAAAGAUCGAUAAAGAUUAUCUAAAGUUUAUCCUCUAAACAGCUGCACUAGGGGGUAUUUUAUCUUAAAAAGUUCUUUAAGUUUCAUUUUGUCUGAAAAAAUAAUCAUUUUUCGGGAAAAUUCCACUAAAAUGCUCGAAUAACGCUUAAUGCUCUUACCUCACCAAAAUCCUCAAAAACAAAAACUAGCAAUCAUUAUAAUGCACGAAAGCUUACUAUAUUGUAAGCUAAUUUUUGCUCAAUAAUUAAUAGUUAUCUUUACUGAUAUAUGUAGUUUGUGCAUUUUUGUUUUUAGACUUUGCAACACUUUGGUGGGAUUGAUAUCUUGGUAUCAAAUGCAGCCGUCAAUCCAACAUUUGGCCCACUUCUGCAGGUAUCACUGACAAAAGCCAAUUUUACUAUCUAAGGUAUUUAAUAGUGCAAAAUAGUGCUGUACGUCAGUUUUAAAACAACCUGUUCCGUUUUCACUCAUGUGGUGCACUGUAGCACUUGUCCUUAUUCAUCAGGAACUAAAGGGAAUUUAUGUUUUUAAGUAGCAGUUUAUUCCAAGUAAUGUUGAAUUGUAUGUAUUCUUAGGAACUCAGGCUACUCCAGUAACCAUGACUGAUCCAGGAGAAACCUAGUUUCAUGAAUAAUUGCCAACGAGCAGCCUUGCGGGGCUGUGAGGCGACAGCCUAAUAAAGCCAUGCGCGAAAGUUGCAAGGCAGAAUGAAUCUCGAAGCGAUGUAACAUAAGGUGGUAUAAGGUGACAUAAUUCAGAACAGAGUAUGCAUCGUUUUCGAGCGAACACGUGAACCAACAGAGAAUCCAUGAGCCGUGUGCUUGUUUGUGAGUCCCAUGUUCAUUUGAAACAUACGCGUGUAGCUGUCGCAUUUGCCUGCUAGCGUUUUUUAUUGUUUUUAGGCUUAAAAACAAUAGAAAACUCCAGCGGGCAGAUGCGACAGCUACACGCGUAUGUUGCAAUAAAGUGAAUUAAUCCACCCGUCUUUAGGGCCUGCUUACAUGGAGGUGGGGAACCACAAGUAGGUGAGGUAACCUGCUUAUGUGGGGUAAAAAAAUAACCCUCCUUUACAUGCAAUCUUACAACUCCGCCAUCCCGGGGUGCAAUUUCUCAAAAUUAUUGAGUGGUUGCCAAGCACGUAAACAAGAAAAAUGCUGGCAAACCACGUGUUUUGGCGAUUAAUGCACUUCUACACUCCUUUGUUGCUCUUGCUGCAACCUUCAGUGCUGUGGCUUUCUGUUGUUAACUUUAAUAAUGAUGCAAAGCCACCGCCAAAGUGAAUUUUGCGCGAAUUUGAUGUAUCACGAAUCCGACCCCGGCCAGGCGGGUUACCCCACCUUGAAACGUUUACAUGGCAAAAUUUGACCACGCCUGAGAGGGUAACCCGGUCUGGUAGUCCGGGCUACCUGCCUUGGUGGGUCACCCCACCUAUCAUGUAAACAUGAUCAAAUUAAAAUGAGAGAUUAUUAUGGACCGGCUGGUUACCUCACCUAAGCGAGUUACCUCACCUACCUGGGGUCCCCCACCUCCAUGUAAACAGGCCCUUAAAGCCGUAAAAUCUUUGCUCGUUGGCACUUAGCGAUAGCUAUAACUAGUAGUACAUACAGAUGUAGAUUGACGUUUUUUAAUGUGUACGUCUACAUCUACCCUGUGUACGGACGUCUCUCCUCCCUCAGGGAAAAAAUCCGACGUCUUUACGUAGGCUAGUCUACAUCUACAUCUACAUCAAUAAAUUGCAAAGUCCCUUAGGGGACAUGUCGCAAGUUUCAAAGAAAGAAAAUAAAUAUCAAAUAAAUAAAUAAUCAACCAAAUCAUACUGCUUCAACUUUCAAUAUUUCGAUCGUCAUGUAACAAUUCAUUGUCUUUUGUUUGUAAAAUUUUAGACUCCAGAGGAAGCAUGGGAUAAGGUAAUCUUUUGCAAAGUAAACAUCAAAUUGUCUGUCCUUAAUGUGUAAUAAACAGGUACAAUUUAUUUUCAAAAAAUUAUCUUAUUUGUAUUUAAACAGAAUUUAUACUGGAGACGAAAACCGGUGUUAAGACGAAGUUUGGCCCCAAAUUCAACAUGCUGACAGACGAAUCAAAUAAAGACGAAAAUAAGCGUACAUAUAAAUAUGAUACGACAUAAACAUGAUUACUUAUGAUACUUUGAGAGGAAACAAAAGUGAAAAUAGAACAUAUCGAAAUUCAUGACAGUGAACAUGAUCUAAGUGAACAUGUUUUUUGCAGGGGAAUGAACAACCUAAGCGCAGUUGAAAAAGAAAUUCAAAAAAUUCAGGCGUAACCGGGAAUCGAACCCUAACCUUUGCGUUGACCGGACGCAACGCUAUCUGAUGUAAAUGAUGUAAUAUACGAAUGAAUCAUUUUUUGUUUUGUUACUUCUUCGAAUGAAUCAUAUGUUACCUCAAUGGAUAGAGCGUUGCGUCCGGUCAUCGCAAAGGUAAAGCUUCGAUUCCCGGUCAAGCCAGAUUUUUUUUUUUCAGGUUCUUUUUUAACCGCUUACCUUUGUUCAUUCCACUGUUAAGAUCAUGCUGUCUUUCAAAUCUUUAUCGGCAGUUCAAAAUAUGAUUGACUAGCUGUUCAAUUUCCCGUAGUCUGCUACACACCCGUUUUUAGUGUUGACACGCAACGCACCGUUUGUGGGGAUGAGCGUUACGUGACGACACUAAAAACGGCUGUGUAGCAGACUAAAUUUCCCGCCUACUUACUGCAUAUACAGCUGUACCCAGUAACUUGAAAUCUUAGUGACAGCUCUGGUGGAUGUGUCCGGAUCUCUACUCAGAAAGAUACCCUGUGGUCCGAUUCUCUUUAGCGUUCACCUCCCACAAGCGAGCGCUAAAUUUUCGUAUGGGCCGUUAAUUACGGGAGGCUUGACUGUAAUAAUAUGUUUUUACCCUAAAAUUUUCUUCGACCAUUUCUCUCUGCAAGGGCUCACACUAGUAAGCAAAAUGAGUGAACACGCUCGUUUGGUAAUUUGUCCAUAUGACUUCCAGAUUUAGUUUUAAAUAUUGUGUUAGAUGCCUGAUUAAUAGUAACAGCUUGGAAACUGUUUUCUGGCAGCACCUCAAGCUAUAUCUGUUUACGUUUUCGUUAUUUUUCAGAUCUUUGAUGUGAACGUGAAGUCUGCCUUCUUGCUGGCGAAGGAUGUUAUUCCUUUGAUGGAGAAAAGGGGGUUUGUAGAUUUGUUGGUUUUGUUGUUAUUUUAAUGGAUUUUAAAGGGGCAGUAUCACUUGCAGAGUUUUAUUUUUGUUUAUUUCGUCACCGGAAUAUACUAAAAGGUUUUAUAAGCUAACAACAAUUUUGCGCGUACAGCACACUUUUUUGUACAUUUCAUUCCGCUGACCGUGCGACCACGACGUAAAAUUUCCUGAUUCAUGUUACGGUUUGUGGAAUACGUAAAAACACGAAGACGAGUUUUUCUCUCUCUUUCUGAACUUGGGUCCGGCCCUCAAGAAAUCAACUUCAAGAAAAUUCACCUACAUUUGACAGUUUAAGCGAGCUGGAAUGAACGCAACAGAGUUAAAAAAAUGCGAAUUCGUUUUGAUAGUGACGAUAUUAUCGCCGUCGCCAUCGUCGUUGCUAAAGCUCCCAAAUAGCCUGCGCGGCUGUCGCGUGGUAGACUGCAAGCAGUCUCUCUUUUUUUUCUGGCCCCGGUUGUUCAAACGUCGGAUAGCGCUAUCGACCGGAUAAAUCACUAUCCAGCGGAUAGCGCAAUUGAUUUCCGUGAUACUUAUCCGCUGGAUAGUGAUUUAUCCGGUGGAUAGCGCUAUCCAACGUUUGAACAACCGGCGCCAGAUGUAGUGAGGGGAGUGCACACGCGCGACGUGCAGAAAGCAAAGUAAGAUUAUAAUUAUCUCAAACUAAGCCACUUGGACCCGCUUCUCGAACGUCCUGUAAUUCUCGGAAAGCUCUUUGCAGUGUUUCAACUCAAGAUCGAGGUUUUGAUAGUUAUAACAAAACGAAAUGGACUGGUCAAAGAAGCUAGAACGCCAACUGCUAAUAUUUAGAUGUUUAUCCUACUGAGACUUUAGGCUCGUCAGUUUAACUCGACUUUUGAGAAACAAGCCUUUUCUUUCUUGCAUUCGCUCACGGGUCUUUUUUUUUGUUUUCGCUUGGUAAUUUGUUGCGUUCGCUCUGCUUUAGGUCUAAGAAAAAUAGAUGGGUGGUUGAACAGUGAAAGGACCUUCCCUUUGCUCCUCGUACAAAUCUUAAGUGAGGACUGGGCACGAGUUGGGUACAAUAAUAUUACCAUUCGUUUAGUUGUUUGUCUCCUAUUUGUAUAAAUGAUUUUUGAUGUUUUUGUUUUGUUUAGGGGUGGAUCGGUGGUUUUUAUUUCAUCAAUAGCUGGAUAUCAACCAAUGCAGGUAAUGAUAAUUACUACGGAAAAUAAUACGCGCUCCUAAAUGUAUAAUACUCUCCAAUGGCUGGCUUAGCUUCAUCUCCGCGAGUGCAUGUGAGUAGACUGCACAAAAACAGUAGAACCUUGAUAACUCGAACUCGAAUAACUCGAAUUCCUUGCUAACUCGAACUAAAUUUUCUUUUCCUUGAUCACAAUUUCACUGAAAUUUACCCCGAUAACUCUCAUUCCCCGGAACUCGAACUGUUACCGGGGUUCUACUGCCUACCUACCUUGAAGCUUUUAAGAUUAAUUCUGAGUUGAAAGCGGCAAGCGGUUUUAAAACCCAAAGAACUCAGGAACUGGACCGGCACAUUAGUGCCAACGGUGCAUUUGCAGUGCAUCUGACGUGUUAUGCCAACCGAUAUCCAUGAAUUAUAGCACGUCCAGCACGCACGCGGUUAGUUACAGGCACAUUUUUGAACGGAAGAAUUUUUUUACCUGUGCAACCCGUUUACACGGAACCGUGCAAAUUCUGUUACAGAUUGCAGUACUGCUUGCCGUCUAAAAACUUGCGCGGUCCCUCGGGUCCCGUGUAAACGAUAGGCAGACCUGUGUAGAAGGGAUCUUGAGCUUCGUUCAUAUGGUAACGGACGAAUUUUCGACCGGUGGAAAAUGCGUAACCACCCGCUCUUAAUGCGUAACCACUUGCACCCGCUCUUAAUACGUAACCACCCAAAGCUUAAGAAAGUUAAACGCCAAAAUCAAGGUCAAAUUUCUAGCCGGUACGGUCAAAAAUUUGGCCGGGGCGGUGUGAACACCUUAACCGUCUAAAUUUUUGUACGGCAAAGGCGUAGCUGCAUAAAUGCGUGGUAAUUUAGCUGGGGAGAAUCCUUUUUGAAUUUGCUUAAUUAGCGCUCUCCGCAUGGGCAAAUUGUCAGUAAAGCCAUUGAGGAAAGAUAAUUUUCAACGUGGUUCGUCAGUUCCGUGUGAACACAGGGAAAAUAUUGGCCGCAUCGGACCAGUAGAGCUAGAACCGCUAUAA